AGCGAAUGCUCCCUCUGUCGGCUGCAUCUUCCUCCCAAACCAAAGACCGCCAAAGAGGCUACAUUUAUCCGGCUUAUAAUAAGUCUUUAGUCCUUUAUUUGUUAAUUUUUAAGUGAUGUAGAAUGGCGUCUGGUUUUGGGAAGAUUGUCGUUGGUACUUAUGUGGAGAUAAAGCGCAGUGAUGGACGUAUACAUCAGGCAAUGGUGACCUCACUGAAUGAGGACAACGAGAGCGUCACAGUGGAGUGGAUAGAAAACGGAGACACAAAAGGGAAGGAGAUUGACUUGGAGAGUAUAUUUGCACUUAAUCCAGAUGUGGCACCAGAUGAGGAGAUCGCCCCGAGUCCGGAGACUCCACCCCCUCCCACGCCCGUAUGUGUGAAGGGCAGUAAAAUUGCAAAGAACCGACGGACGAUAGCACCUGUUAAGAAUGACACUCCGUCCAGGGAUAAUAGAGCAAUUCCCACCCGGGCCAGACCUCCACAACCUCAACAGCCAGAACCUGCUCCGCCUCCUCCAGCCCAGCAGCCUGCACAGCCCACUCAAGCCCAGACACAGCAGCAACUACAGAAUGAAUCCUCACAUCAGCCGAUACCCAGAAAGGAGUUUGGACAGCUUUCAAGGAGGAAGUCCAACUGUGUGAAGGAGGUGGAGAAACUGCAGGAGAAAAGAGAAAGACGCCGGCUUCAGCAACAGGAGCUCAGGGAGAAGAGAGCUCAGGAGGUGGAUACCACCAUCCCUAACUAUGAGAUCAUGUACAUGAUCCGAGAUUUCCGAGCCAGUCUAGACUACCGACCUCUGACCACAGCAGACCUGAUUGAAGAGCACAGAAUAUGUGUUUGUGUGAGGAAACGUCCACUUAACAAAAAAGAGUUGACCAUGAAGGACUUGGAUGUGAUCACCAUUCCCAGUAAGGAUGUGGUGAUGGUUCAUGAACCUAAACAGAAAGUGGAUCUGACCCGCUACCUGGAGAACCAGACCUUCCGCUUCGACUAUGCCUUCGAUGACAGCACUACCAACGAGAUGGUUUACAGGUUCACUGCCAGACCUCUAGUGGAGACUAUUUUUGAGCGGGGCAUGGCCACCUGCUUUGCGUACGGACAGACAGGCAGUGGAAAAACACAUACUAUGGGUGGAGAUUUCUCUGGAAAAAACCAAGACUGCUCUAAAGGAAUUUAUGCAUUAGCUGCUCGGGAUGUAUUUCUCAUGUUGAAGAAACCCAACUACAAGAAGUUAGAUCUACAAGUGUAUGCAACCUUCUUUGAAAUCUACAGUGGAAAGGUGUUUGACCUGCUGAAUCGUAAAGCUAAGCUGAGGGUGCUGGAGGAUGGGAAGCAGCAAGUGCAGGUUGUUGGGCUUCAGGAGAAGGAGGUCAAAUGCACAGAAGACGUUCUGAAACUCAUUGAAGUGGGCAACAGCUGCAGAACUUCAGGACAGACGUCGGCCAACGCUCACUCAUCCCGCAGCCAUGCCGUGUUCCAGAUCAUUCUUCGGCGGAAGGGCAAGAUGCAUGGGAAGUUCUCCCUCAUCGACCUCGCGGGAAACGAGAGGGGCGCUGACACGUCGAGUGCCGACCGCCAGACUCGUCUGGAAGGAGCUGAGAUCAACAAAAGCCUGUUGGCCCUGAAGGAGUGUAUCAGAGCUCUUGGUCGUAACAAGCCCCACACUCCAUUCAGAGCCAGCAAGCUCACCCAGGUCCUGAGAGACUCCUUCAUCGGGGAAAAUUCACGCACAUGCAUGAUUGCAACAAUCUCUCCUGGUAUGACGUCCUGUGAGAACACGCUCAACACACUACGCUAUGCCAACAGAGUGAAGGAGUUUGGGAUUAGUCCGUCAGACAUCCCCUUCUCCCAGGGCGGUCAGGGGAGUCGCCCUGAUCACUCGCCCACCAAUACCUUUGAGUACGAUGACUUUGCUGCUACCUCUCCCAGCAGGGUGAAGGAGCUAACAGUGGACCCCAACCAAGUGAUGGAGGGGGGGCGACCCAACAUCCACGCUGUCAACCAGCUGGAUCUGCUGGACGAGGAGUGGCUGAGUAUCUCACCUCAGAGAGACGACCUCAAACUGCUCUGUGAGCAGAAUGAGGAGGAAGUGUCUCCCCAACUCUUCACCUUCCACGAGGCAGUGUCUCAGUUAGUGGAGAUGGAGGAGCAGGUCCUAGAGGACCACCGAGCUGUUUUCCAGGAGUCUAUUCGGUGGCUGGAAGAUGAAAAAGUGCUGCUGGAGAUGACAGAAGAGGUGGACUAUGACGUGGAGUCAUACGCCACACAGCUGGAGCAGAUCCUAGACCAGAAGAUAGAAAUCCUCACUGAACUCCGAGAUAAAGUGAAGUCAUUCCGUUCUGCACUCCAGGAGGAGGAGCAGGCCAGUAAGCAGAUCAAUCCCAAGAGGCCACGUGCUCUUUAGAGACUGAAGAGGUUUAAGUGGCACAUUACAGAAACGUAACCACUAGAUGUUUGGCACAACUCGAGCUGUCACGAGCAGCUGUGAAAACACAAAUAAAAGGACUGUUUAAGGUAACAAUAGACUCAAGGAAUUGCAUUUGUUAUGAUCCCUCUCCUAACAAAACUGGCUCUACACUCACUACGGUCUUUUUAGAAAACUUAGGAAGGAAAAUAGUUUUGUUUCCUUCCGUUUUGGUUGAUUUUUUUUUCAUUGAGAAUGUUUAGUUUCCUCUCCCUGUUAUUAAAUUAUUUUUUUUAUACUUGUUUUUACUUCCUUCGGACAGAAUAUCUUUGACCUGGUUUAAGAAGAGAUCUUCAUUGAAAAGUUUACUACGAAUAACCAGUAUUUGAUUUCUGGUUUCUCUGGCUGACAUUUCUGCAUGUGCACUCUGUGAUAGCUUAUGUACACCACUGUUUCAUGCUUCGGGGUCCUCAGUUUGCGUUGUAAAGUCAUAUUUCAUUGUAAAUGAUCUCUUCUCUCUUUUCCUUUUACCAGUUUGGGAGAAGCCUUGAACCACAUUGUGCUUCUUCCUCUGUGUUUCUUUCCUUGUGUCCCUGACAGAUUUUUACAUGUAGUUUGCUUCAGUUCGUGCCAUGUCAUUCUAUGUGGCAACUGACUUAAAAACUCUUACCUAAUGUAAAACAUGUUUUCCACCCAUUUAACACUUUGUUAUAAAAAUGAAACUAGAAAACUAUUAAUAAAUGUAUAGUGAAGACCACUGACCUACCAUUGGUUAUGUUGCUCAGUGUUUGCACCGGAUGUUAUGCUGGAUGAAGAAAUAAAAAUUCAUGUUUCAUUUGAA